GAGAAGAGUCAAAUACAGAGUCAGACAGGCUCGAGGCGCCCCCCGAUCUUGACCGGCGAGGGCAGGCGAGCCUCCGCCGGACGACCGGCGAGGCGGUGGCGGGAAUUCAACCUCCCCACCAACCACUGACGCGGGCUUAAAUUCUCUGUCGGCGGUGCCGACGGACGACUCGUCCUCUCUCCUCCUCGCUUCCCAUCUUUCGUCAAUCAUCUCUGUCUCUCGCCCCCUCUUUCCGUCGGCUCUCCUAGCACCGACCCGGCGAAGCCGCCGGACUUGCCGUCCCGGGAAUCACUCUCUGAAGUCGCCGUCUGAAGUCGCCGGUCGUUCGGCGUCGCUGUCUGAAGUAGCCGCGUGGGAUCGUUGGUUGUCUGGCGUCACCGAUGAUCUGCAGUUGCUGGUCAUCCGGAGCGAGCGAGGCGAGCGAGGCUGUACGCUUGACUCCUUUGGCUGACAGCAAUAUCGAAUCGGUUUACAGAAUGAGACUGCAUCCUAGAGUGUAUGAGGCUGCAAAAUCAGGAGACUUUGAUUACCUGAAAAUCAUUUCAGAAGAUGAAGAGGACCUUUUCCACCAAACGACUCCAAAGGACAACAACAUUCUUCACGUUGCUGCUCAAUACAAGCAGGUGAAUUUCAUCGAACGCCUCCUUCGAUGUCCAUCGGGACCAUCCCUUCUUUGGCAGGGUAACUACAAAGGAGACACUCCCCUGCACGUUGCUGCUAAAGUGGGAAGCUAUGGAGUGGUUCGAGUCUUCAUUGAUCUGGCUAAGUCACUGCAUUCGGUCGUUGAAAAAGGACGAGUUGAGGCAUGCAAAGAGCUACUUCGAAAGUCGAAUUUGCAUAAGGAUACUGCGCUGCACUAUGCAGUGAGAGGAGACCAUCAUGGGGUGGUGAAGUUGCUGAUAGAAGAAGAUCCUCAACUCUGCAGUAUUACUAAUGUUGCUAAUGAAUCCCCGCUUUAUCUUGCAGCAAAUAGAGGACUUUCUCAUACCACUGAGCUGAUUUUAGAUGCUUUCUCAUCGUCAUCCUCUCAUAAGGGCCCUAAAGGAUUGACAGCUCUGCAUACUGCAAUGUAUGGCUCACUGACCAGUUGGUGGAAGAUUGUGGAAAAGAGACCAGAAGUGAUCAGAGAAGGUGAUGAUAUGGGGUGGACUCCUCUUCAUUAUGUCUCUUGCAUUGGCAAAGUGAAAGAAGUGCGACUUCUCCUGCAACAGGACAUAUCUGUGGCAUACGACUUAGACAAAGAGGGGCAAUCGGCUCUUCACAUUGCAGCCUUUCAGGGCCACGUCGAUGUCAUUGAUGAGCUUGUUAGAUCCUGUCCUGAUGCUUGUGACAUAAUAAACACCAAAGGGCAAACGGCUCUACAUGCAGCUGUUAUCGGUGGACAAGUAAAUGCUGUCAAGUACAUACUAGGGACGCCAAACCUGGAGGAUCUUGUCAACGAACAAGACAUUAGUGGAAACACGGCUCUACAUUUGGCUGCACUUCAUAAACAUUACAAUAUCAUCUACAUACUUGGACAAGACAAGAGGGUGGACCUUUUGGCUACAAAUAAGGAUCAUAUGACAGCCCUUGAUAUUUUUUCUGCUCAUAAAGAGGGUGGCUACCAAGCUGCAAAAGUUUAUCACGUGUUGAAAGGAUCUCAUGGGAUGCCGUUUUAUCAAGACUGGGUUAUUGAGUAUGUUAAGAAGAGGUUAGACAAGCAAAAUGUUGAGGGUCAACCAGCUGCGUCUAUAAUUACAGGAAGUAAUAUUGCCAACCCGGAAAAUAUCGAUUCCUCAAAAAGAAGCAUCAUUGACCUUCAACUGCUAGUGGCAGUGCUCAUAGCGACAGUCAGCUUCGCCGCAUCCUUCACGAUGCCUGGAGGUUAUAACCAGGACGGACCCGACCAAGGAAUGGCGAUUCUUGCUGGCAGGGCAGCUUUCAAAGCCUUUGUGAUUUCUAACACAACAGCGUUUGGUUUCUCAAUCCUGGCAUUAUUCUUACAAUUCGAUACUUGUUUCGUGAGCGAUAGGCUACGGGUAAGAUACGCCAAGGUUGCAUCCUAUAGCAUGUACGUUGCCAUACUUGCGAUGGUGCUAGCCUUUGCUACUGGUACAUAUGUUGUAUUGUCCAAGAACACCGGGCUCCGAAUCGUCCCUUUUGUGGUGUCUGGAUGUCUCGUGACUAUGUACGUCAUCGGUGGUUUCCUUGACCCUGAAGCUCCGUUUUGGUGGCUAAGUAGCACUCCUAGACGAUACGUCCGAAACUUAUUGUUUGAUUAUGGGGUACUCUAGGAAAGUUGCUGGUGAGUUGAGACUUUUCCUGUAUGUUGAGAUGUACAACGUGAUUGUAUCGCGGUUAGAAAACGUGAAGGAUAUACGAGCUUGGUACGUUAAGUGACGUA